AUGCUACCCUGCCGAGGACUUGUCCUACGACAUAUAUUUCCCAUCUCUGGCACACUAUUCAAGCGACUUGCCCCGAUGGUAAUCUCAAACUCGUUCCAAUUUGAAGCCAGACGUGGUAUCUGUCAACUGCAAAGCAAUGGCAAUGACAACUUCCAUACAGUGCGGCUUCGGUCUCCAACUGAGUUAAAGAGGGGAUUGCAAAUAUUGCUGUCCAUCCUGAGAGAGCCGUCCCUUGCUGGAGAAAUCCGCGAGCUGAAGCUAGAUCGUACACCGGGCCUCUCGUACAGAGGCGACCCUUAUGAGAUCCGGCCAACACAGGUUUUGCUGCCAACAGAAGACCUGCAGAGGCUCCAGCUCGCAGUCAAAAAUGCAGGGCUUGAAGGGCGAGGAGAAGAUGAAAGGGUAUUGAAUAUACUUCUGCAGGAUAUUAGCAAGUCCCGAAGUUCAUUUGACAAGUACCUAUAUUUCCAGGCGCAGGCCCUCGCUGUCAUGCUUGUCUCCCUGGCACCUCGAUUGGAAUCCCUAGCCUUCUGUCCACUAGGGUUGCAGCAACCCUUAGAGACAUAUAUGUUCGAAAACUUCCUCCGGCGAGCCAUCGCGGAGAAGCGCGAUGUACCUGGCUUGCGUAAUCUCCGCUCAGUGAGAUUUCUCUCUGAUAUAGAUAAUUUAGGGGAUGAUGGUACACUUUAUUGGGAUUACGAGGUUCAUGACUGCCUUAACCUCAUCCGUGAACUCCCCACCAUUGAAUCUGUUCGUUUCGAUGGUAUCCAGCCGAGCCUCGACGUAGGAAUGUGGCCUCCACCACGCUCAGCCAACUAUACGGAUAUCAUGUUUUACCACUGCAUUAUGCAUUCGCCCGAAGAGUUAGAUAUUAUUCUUCAGUCAGCGAAGCGGCUAAGGAAGUUUGUAUUCACGGUUGGUGGACGCUCCGAGCGGGGCUAUGAUAUAUCACCAGUCAGUCCAAUAGAUACCUUGGAGUCGUUGCUCACCCAUCGUCACACAUUGGAAGAGCUAGAUCUUGACAUCCAGGGACAUCUGACAUUGCCUGAAAUGCUCGGUGAGGAUCACGACGCGUUUCACAGCGGCUCAUUUGAUGAAGAUGAAGAACUUGAGAAAUGGGUGGCUCAAAAGAAAGAAAUCCUUGCUGUAGAAUCACCGGCCCCAGAGUGUUCACUCCGCAGCUUUCCCAAUCUUAAGCAUCUUAGCAUCGGCACCCAUGUUCUCUACAGCUACACUCGUGGCUUCGGUGCCGGUCGCCUGAAGGAACCCUUUUCUCUCAUUGACAACCUUCCCCCACGCCUGGAAUCGCUGCGCCUCUACGGCUAUGGCUUGCCUGGUGAAUACCCACACAGAUCUAAAAGAUCACUGGACCUGGAUGUAGAGGCCCAGAUAGCAAUGUUGUUGAAGCAGAAGGAUACAAAGUUACCGUCUUUGAAGGUUAUUGAGGGUAUCGAUACACCCAUACCUCAUGGGCACACUGUGGAAGAUUGUACCGGGGACCGGCACCUGUUAUGGCAGCGCGAGGACGACGAACGGAGAGCACAUAAUGAUAACUAA